AAGUCCUUACCUGAGUGACGUCACAGAACAGGACGGAGUGCCCCCUCACAUCGUCAUUAUCGGCGUUACACCUGUACUAACACCGUCACUAAUUCUGUGUUUAGGAUUCCUUCUUGUUGUGUGAUGGACGUGACCGGAAUAGAGAACACAAUCGCCGGAGUCUGGGCACUACACAGGAAUGAGAAUCUGGACGGGUACCUCAAAGAAUGCGGAGUGAAUUUCAUCCUCCGUAAGCUUGCCCAGGCGGCCUGUCUCUGCAUCACAAUGGUCAUUACCGUGGAAGACGGGCAGCUGAGAAUACAAAACAAAGGACCAAAGCACACGGACCACAAAGCUCCCCUGGGGACCGAAAUCCACAUCACAGACCUGAUGCAUAAUCCCAUGAAGGAAGUUCACACAUGGUCGGACAAUCAGCUGAUCACAAUCUCGGUACCAACACAGGGGUCCAAAGCACUUCCAACAAAGGUCGUCAGAGAACUUGUCGACGGUCAUUUAGUGAUGACUCUUUUAGUAAAUGAUGUUACCUGCAAAAUGUUCUACAAGCGGAAGUGCUGAUGGCGAGUUCCCGGAUAACCACGUGCCAAAUUCUCAAUAGUUGACUCUCCUUAGUCAGGCCCGGGGUGGAAGAUGUCCGUUGUCACAGUCCACAGACAUAUACAAAUACUACUGACGUUGAAUCGUGGUGUCAUGAUAUGUUAUCACCGUGAUGCCUAUUUAUGUUGGUUGUUCAAAACAUGAAGUUUAAAAACAAAAACAUCUCUGCACUUUAUGUACACUCGUUUAUCUCAUUUAAUAGGACAUCAGUAUUACUUAUGUUAGAUGUGUGCAGUGCAGAAAUGUGAACUCUGACAGUAGUAGUAUAUCUCAAUGAUUGUUAUUUAUUUAUAUUGUUAUAAUUAAUUACGAGUUAAAUUGCACAUGCCCCCAAGGGCCCUUAAUUGGUGAAUAAACAUAUUAUCGUAUAUCUGCAUGUGUGAAUGUAUAAAUUGUUAUAUUUGUUAUAGAAAUAAAGAGAACAUGCCGCCAUAGCAUUAUUCUAAAA